GGAUCCGUACGGCGAGUAUCCGAAGAGCAUGCAGGCAUUGGUAGGGAGCAGAUUGCCCAAAUUUACGAAAGCAGAGUCCAAGAUGUUGAAAGGGUCCAUUGAUUUCCUCGGUGCAAAUUACUACACUUCAAAUUAUGAAGCAAAUGCUCCCCCAUCAAAUACUUCCAGCUUGUUCAGUGAUGCCAGGGCAAACAUCACAACCGAGAAGAACGGAGUCCCGAUUGGCACACCCGUAAUCUCGAAGCUUUCUCUUUUCACCGAUGUGAGCUGGCUUUUCGUAUAUUCAAAGGGUUUGAGAGAUCUUAUGCUACACAUGAAGAAGAAACACCACAAUCCACCGAUUUACAUCACGGAGAACGGUUAGCCGGAUCACCGGAGU